GGCAGCGGGGCGGGCGCCAGCCCGGCUCUGGGCGUCUGUAACGGGCAGCGCGACCGCGACGGAGCCGCCGGUACCGGCUCUUCAACGGCGGUACCGCCACCGGUACCGGCAGCGCUCCGGCCCUGCCAUCCCGGCACCGGCAUCAGUCCUUGGAUCCCGGCACCGGGACCGACCGGCCUCACUGACACCGGCACCGGCUCUCCUUCCCCGGCACAAGGUCCCGUGUCCCCGGCACCGGGACUGACCCCCCGUUAUCCUCCCCCGGCACUGGGACCACUCCGAUUCCCCGGCAUUGCUCGUCCUUCUCCUCCACCGGCACCGACCGGCCCUUCCCGGCUCCCCGGGCCCCCCGCCUGCCGCAGCUUUGAAAACCCACGAGUGGUGGGAACGGAGAGCUGGGCACGGUGGAGUGAGCACCACAAGGAGCACCAAGGCCAGCACAGGGAGACACUGUCCCCUGACCUGGCAGGGACACGGAGCAGGGACCGGCCAGGACCCUCCAGGGAGCAGCCCAGGGGCGUUCUGCUCUGACAGCCGCUCCCCUGCCCCCCGGCAGUGCCGCCGGCGAUGCGAGCCAUGGCAGACCCGGCUGCGGUGGCAGCAGAGGCCUCUCCAGCCCUGGCACCGAGCCCGGGCUCCCCUCGGCGCGGGGACGCGGAGGCACCGACGCCGCACGCCCGGGAGGACGCGGGCGGCCGGGACGGCUGCGGGCUCCUUCCCUCGGCAGACGGGGACACGAAGCGUCCCCCCUCGCCCCAGCCCGCGGGGAUGCUCCUGGCCGAGCUCCCGCGGGCCCCCCAGCCCCGGCUGAGCCCGGCCCGGUCUCGCACGGCUCCGCCGUCGCCCAGCGUGUCACCGUCCGAGAGCCGAGCCGCGCUGCUCCGGCUGCGCGACGCCAGGCUGGAGGACACGAGGCGGCGGCUGUCGGAGGCCGUGCAGGAGCCCCUGAGCCGCCUGAGCCGCCUGAUGGCCGAGGAGAGCGGGCCCAGGGAGCCGGGGGGCAGCCCCGGGGGCGGCCGCGGGGCCGGGGGCCGCCGCCUGCGGGACUGGACGCCCUGGGAGCCCACGCAGAACUGCCGCUACGAGAUCUGCUCCUACGGGGACGUGAUCCAGGUGGUGGAGGUGGCACAGAGGGACGCGGAGCCCCCGCCGGUCCCAGCGGCCGAGGAGGCCCCGGCGGCGGCGCGGCCCGGGGGCUCCGUGCCGGGCAGGGCCCUCGGCGGCAUCGCCCUGCUCGCCUACGGCUACCUGGUGCUGCCGCUGCCGCCCUACGCCGCCGGCCUCGGCCUGGGGCUGCUCUGCGGGCUGCUGCUCGGCUUCCUCGCCGUCCUCCUCCUCGUGCCCAGGGCUCCGCCGGCCGCUCGGGGACCCUGGGGCCGCCUGCGCCCCAAGCUGCUGCCGGGGGAGCCGCGGGAAGCGCCGCACCUGCAGGGCUGGAUGAACCAGCUGCACGCCUACGACCCCGAGCUCUUCCACCCGUCGCUCACGCACUCGGUGCUCGCCGUGCUGGACGGGGCCACCCUCAAGCUGUCCUACCCCAAGAGCAACAUCCCGCGCCGAGCCACCUUCGAGGAGGAGAUCCUGGACGCCGUGUUCGUCAGCCACCGCUGCUACGACCUGACGGACGCCAAGGUGUUCCUGUGCCCCCCCAGCCUGGCCCGAAAGCGGACGUGGAACAAGAAAUAUCCCAUCUGCGUGCUGCUGCCCGAGGCGGCCGGGGCAGGGGGCGGCGAGGAGCAGGGGGACACGGAGCCGCAGGGGGACGAGGGCAGCAGGAAGGUGCCGCCGGCCGGGCAGGACAGCCCGGGGGACAGCAGGGACAGGUGCCUGUACCUGUUUGGGAGGACGGGGCGGGAGAAGGAGGAGUGGUACCAGCACCUCGUGCAAGCCUCCCGUGGGACAGCCAGCGGCCACGGUGACACCAGGGCAGGCACAGGAUGGGCCCCACAGAGCAGCGGCAGCAGCAGCGGGGGCAGCACUGAGGACAUCCCAUCCACAGAUCCCUCCAGGGAUGUGUCAGGGAGCACUGAGGAGAUUUACCUGGACUACAGCACCUACAUGGCCCGAUUUGUGCCAGCACAGGGGGCAGCCAGCCCGGAGAGGAGCCCCUCUCAUGGAGCUCUGGGCAGCCCCACGCCCACAAAGGGGCUGGUGGCUGCUGUCCCCUCCCAGGAGGACACGGCCGGCAUGGCCUGGAUGAACGCCCUGGUGGGACGCAUCUUCUGGGACUUCCUGAGGGAGCAGUACUGGGCAGAGCAGGUGUCCAACAAGAUCCAGAAGAAGCUGAGCAAGAUCAAGCUGCCGUAUUUCAUGAACGAGCUGACGCUGACAGAGCUGGACAUGGGCACAUCCAUCCCCUCAGUGCUCAGUGCCUCCAGCCCCACCAUCAAUGAGCGAGGGCUCUGGGUGGACUUGGAGGUCACCUACAGCGGCUCCUUGCAGAUGACACUGGAGACAAAGAUGAACCUCAGCAAGCUGGGGAAGGAGAGCUCUGCAGAGGAGAGCGGCCCUGCAGAGGCAGGCAGAGAGGGGGCCCGGCCACGGCUGAUCCUGCUGGCAGACAGCGACGCCGAGUCCUCCAGCGCCGGCUCCUCCGACGAGGACGAUGCCGCCGGUGCAGAGCCCGUGGGAGCCCCGGGGGAGCGGCUGCCCCCGCCCGGCACCGAGGGGCACGUCAGUGGGAACAGCACGAGCAGGAGGAUCCUGCGCUUCGUGGAUAAGAUCGCCAAGUCCAAGUACUUCCAGAAGGCCACGGAGAACGAGUUCAUCAAGAAGAAGAUGGAGGAGGUGUCCAACACGCCGCUGCUGCUGACGGUGGAGGUGCAGGAGCUGGCAGGAACCCUGGCCGUGAACAUCCCCCCGCCACCCACCGACCGUGUCUGGUACAGCUUCCGAGUGCCCCCGCAGCUGGAGCUGAGGGUGCGCCCCAAGCUGGGUGAGCGGGAGGUGACAUUCCUGCACGUCACUGAGUGGAUCGAGAAGAAGCUGAAGCACGAGUUCCAGAAAAUCCUGGUGAUGCCAAACAUGGACGAUCUCAUCAUGCCCAUCAUGCGCUCUGGCCUGGAUCCUUGGCCCCCCAGCCCGGGACCGCCCCAGGAUCCACCAGCCACGGGGGACAGGAGGCUCUGAAGCACAACCCAGGGGCAGGGACACUGCCCAGAGCUCAGGGACCUCGCUGGGACACGGGACAGCCAGGCCUGGCCGCUGCCUGCAGCCCGGGCUGUGCCUGGAUUCAUCCUCACGCUCUGCUUGUGCAGAUGAGCCCCCUCAGAUCCUGCAAGCACACGUUCAGGGCACAGCCAGGCUGCUGGAGACCCAGGGAUUCCACGGCCACGCUCCAGGACUCCUGGUCAAGCAGGCAGCUCGGGGCACGGGAGGGCUGGGCUUCCCACUGUCUGCUUCCAAAGAGGGUGCAGGACACCUGGAUCACGGCACUGAAGGAGUUGGGAUCGUUGCUGAUCCAGAAUUCCCAGCUCUGGGGCAUGCCCCCUCCCCACAGGCAGCUGGGCUGCAAGGACAGCACGGGUGGGAAAGGCUCCCAGGUGAAUAAAUCCAUCUCUGCCUGGCA